UCCCUUCCCAAUGUACCGCGAUAUAUUGUUGGAGAAUCUGAGAUGGAAGCCUCUAAAGAGGGUAGAAGCCUCACUGAUUUUAGAUAUGCAUGUGUUGGAUAUUCCCUUUACCCGGACCGGAAGAAGCAGGUAGCUGAUGGACAAGAGAAACAAACAGAAUUGCCAGUUUGUUUUGGCCUCGAGGUUUUAGUAGAUCGAAGAGUUAACACUGCUGACUCUGCUCCUACUCCUGCUCCUGUUCACAAUAGAGAAGAUGGUAAUGGAUUGCCACAACGUCGAACACAUAAACCAACUCAUUCAGCUGGAGAUGAGUUCCUGAGCAGGUUUAUGCGAAAUGCAAACCUGGUUGCAAAUGGAGUGGCCAAGAAUGUCCGCAGAGUGGGGAAUCAAAUAAAAGAGUCUCUAGAUGACAUACUGUAUUCCUACCGACGGCCAAAGUAAGAGGCUAAUCCUUCACGCGUAAUGAAUAAAUAUGGAGGAGGAAUCAACCUUGAUCUAUAAUGUAUUAUCUGCUAUUUAGCAGUCUAAUUUCCUCUCCAUUUACCCCUUGCCUUACAAAUUUGACGAAGUGCUGCGAGGGGCAAAGACGAAAGUUUUAUUGUUUACUAGUGAUAAAGAUUUAGCAGUGUGUGUGUGUUUCUGUUGAUGUUUAAUUUGUUGAGGUGAAUGGAGGCUGAAGCUCCUGUUUUGGCCUGUAUUUUUCCCUCUUAACAUUGAGCUUGUACAGCAACAUUUUGUUGGUACACCCCAAAAUUUAAAUAGCAGUCAUGAAAUGCCAAUGUUAAUUGUGUUAAUCCAAAACCCAAA